CACGCUCCCUUGACGCGCUGCUGUUGGUGAUGGAAGGACCCACGGCGCGCUGCAGGAAGCUGAUCAGACAAGGCGGGAACUCAUGGGUUGGGAUUUACGAUGGUGACAAAAUGGUAUGCCUCGACGCUCCUUCAUCCCCAACACUCCCCACCUCCUCCUCCUCCUCCUCCUCCUGCCUCGUGUACUCCUUCGGGUCAGGCGGGGACUUCACCUUCGACGCAGCCAUGUCACAGCUGGGAUGUCACGUGAUAGUCUUCGAGGACACGCCGCUGCUGGAUGGACUCGGCAGACACCCGUUCAAGAGAGUCACCUUCCUACACAUCCUUCUGUCAACUGAUGAAGACGUGCAUUUGGUCAAGAGUUACAACACCCCCUCUUCCUCUCCUGUAUCCUCUCCCCUCUCCUCCACACCACCCAUCUCCUCCCCACUCUCCACAUCUCACAUCUCCCAUUCCUCCUCUAAUUCCUCCAUUCACAAGCACCAUUUUUUUCUGCACCGUCCUCUUGAUAAUAUAAUGUACCUACUGCACCACCACCACCAUCAGCUGGACUACCUCAAAAUUGACAUUGAUGGGGGAGAGUUUGAGGCCCUCGAGCACUCCAUCUUCAAGACAGAUAUCCUACAGAGGACAAGACAGCUGGGUGUUGAGAUCCACCUGACACGCCUUCUUGAUGAUGAAGUGAUGUCUAACCCUGACAUCCUCACCUCUGUCAUUGCCAACUAUACCAGAGUGCUCCAUGGGCUGGUAGAAAGAGGAAUGAGGUUGGUGCACUUUCAGCCCAACGCACGCAGGCCAGGGAGGGUGGAGGUGGCAGGGAGGACAGUGUGGGUGUAUGCAGAGCAGCUGUGGGUCAACACCAGACUGAGGCCAGAUGUGAGAGGGUCCAGCCACUUGCCAACUGAGGAGGACUUUGAUGAGCUGGAGAUGGCUUAGGGACCAAACACCAACCUGGCACCAGACCCAAGCAGGCCCCAAAGACCAACACUCGAGGAAUACAGAGAGUGUUCACCAAAUCUAGUAGUAAACCCAGCAAGGCUCACACACCCACGCCAAAAACUUACAUAGAGAAAUUGCUUCAGGUAAAAAACAGAACUUAAAAAUAAAAUCUUCAGAGGAGACAUUACCAGAAACCACAAGAGAUAUCAUUGUUUUGCUGCUAGAUAUGAUUGAGGAACAGAAAAGAGGAUCAGUAUGAACAUAAGAGCUUGCAUUCAUGGGGGUAUGGGAGAGAAGACAGGAGUAUGAUCAGAAGAGCCUGGGUUUCUAUGUUCUUUGACUGGUUGUGGGUAAAGAAGAGAAGAGGGAUGGUAUGAAUAUAAGAACAAGUUUAUUUAUGUGUUCUUUAGGUAUGUGGGAGGGGGAGAAAAGAGGAAUGGUAUGAAUAUAAGAGCUGUAUUCAUCUGUUCUUAGCUAGGUGUGGGUGAGGGAAAGGACAGGCCAUAGGUGUAACCAUUAGAUUGUACAAGGCUCUGGUGUCAAUGUUUGCUCACUGCCUGUGUUCUAUUCGGAGACAACACUGGGCUGGCUUCUAUAUAAACAAAAAGCCUUGGAAGAAGUGCCCACAUGUCUCCCUGCAGUUCCUUAUUCACUUCACUCGUGCUUGCAGAGUUUGCUGAUCCAUCUCAUUCACCAGACAUGACAUGGGAAUAGAUUAAAAAGAUACAGGUUCUUUCAAAGGUCAAUUUCCUGCUAUUCCAUUUGACCUUAACCAGAAAAUUCAGUUAAUCAGUGAUAUGCUUGGUAAAACCCUCCAAAUUUCUCUUGCUUUGAUUUUGACUUGUACAUAUAAAUGAUUUUUUGGGGAAUGUAACCAGGGUGUCCUCUCAUGUACCUAUGAGGACAGUGACUCACAUAAAGGACUGUAUUCUGAGACACUUCUUUCUCGCAUGCACCUCCACUACUCUCAAAGGCUCUGGUUGAAACUACAUGGGUUUCCAAGGGUGUUUUCUUACUCAUAGUGACAGAUUAACAAGAUUUCUGCUUUAUUAUGUGGAGAAACACUCUUGAGAACAUGGCUAAUCAUCGCUGUGGCCUUUGAGAAUGGGUGGUGAGUGAGUGAAGUGUUUCAGAAUCCAGGCCAGAGAGGCAAGGGUGAUGGUGGCACAGUGCCAACCCUCACAGCAAGUUUCCUGUUCAUGUCUGUGAUCAGCCUUGUGAUAUAAACUCGUCUCUUUAUAUAUAUACAGCAUAUAUAUAUAUAUAAAACUGUACUUGUGUGUACUGUACUGUACUGUACCUACCACUCCAUUAGAGGCACACACACACACACACACACACACACACACACACACACACACACACACACACACACACACACACACACACACAAGGGAAGUUAUGAGUUGGAAAUAUGAAAAGUCCAGCUCAUGAUCCUAAACACACACACACACACACACACACACACACACACACACACAAGGGAAGUUAUGAGUUGGAAAUAUGAAAAGUCUAGCUCCUGAUCCUAAACACACACACACACACACACAGCUAGGCAUUAAGUACCACUAUAGGGCAUGGUAGUUGUACUCAGUUACGGGAAAUAAACAAAGUUAUUUUUGUUAAAGCAUUAGUGAACUGUUAACAAACUCUU